AUGCAGACUGGGCCAGACAGGGACUGUGGGUGGGUGGGGAGAGCAGUACUCAGCCUUGGGCCAGUCCCUGACGUGGCCAGGACCUUCAGGGGUCCUGAACCCUGGGCCCCUGCAUCCCUGCUGAGCCAGAGGCUGAAGGUCGAGGAGAAGACACUGGAUUUGGAGUUCGAGGUCUUGAGUGUGGGAUUUAAUGAGGAGGGCAGAUACGCCCUGCGGCUGUCAGCUGAGAAACUCCCCCCCCCCACGCAGGCUGGCUCUGGAGCCGGGGUGCAGCUGCAGGUGGAUGAUGGGGACCUCCUCCCUGCCUGCUCUGCUGUCACUGAUGUCGUUGAGCAGCAGGACCCUGGCCAGAGCCUCACCCUUACCAGGAACAAGUUUGUCUUUACUCUGCCCAAAGGGUUCUGCAAGAAUGAUGGACAGCACGACGCACUGCGCGUGGAGGCGCUGAGGCUGGGCGGGGCCUCGGGGAGGGUGGUGCAGCGGGCCGGCUAGGCCAUCUUCCCCGUCUACCCGCGCCUGGACCGACCCCGCGUGAACUUCUGCGCGCGGGAGCGCGGGGAGCGGUAUCGCUGCUGCGGCAGCCUGGCUCUGCUCCGGGCCAGAGCAGACCCCACGGCCCGCCAGUGCGGGGGCCUGGCCUACAGGGUGGCCUUCCACGUGCACCGGGCCCCUCAGCCUCCUGCCUCCAACUGCCCUCCCGGCACCAGCCGGCCAGAACCAAUGUCACCGCAGGAAGCCCAGAAUACCUCCCAGAAUGUGGACUCUGUUGUCAGCCACCUGGCUCCCUCUAAUAAGGAGGUCAUCACGGUUACUCUCCAUGGGGCCACCAAUCUGCCUGCCUGCAAGGAUGGCUCUGAGCCGUGGCCCUGUGUGAUAGUGAAAACCACAUCUGAGGAAGCGAAGAACCAGAGCUCCAAGGCGGUCACAUCUGUGCCCUCAGAGCCCACCAGAGCCCCCAUCUGGGGGGACAAGGUCGAAGUGGAGAUCCAGGCUGAGGAUUCGGGGCAUGAAGAUGUGAUCCUCAAAGUGGUAGAUAAUAAAAAGAAAGAGGAGCUGUUGUCCUACCAAAUCCCCAUCAAGUACUUGCGUGUCUUCCACCCCUACCAUUUUGAGCUGGUGACACCCACAGAGUCUGAGAAAGCUGAUGAAGCCACUGGCAAGACCCAGCUCUACGCAACAGUCAUUCGGAAGGGCAGCUUCAUCCCCCGCUACAUUGGCCACAACCACACAGCUCUGGAGGUCUUUCUCCGGGGUGUCAACGAGCCCCUGGUCAACAACCGUGGCCCCUUGGUGGUCAUUGCCCGAGUGGUUCCCAACUACAAGGAGUUUCAAGUCAACUGGGUAAAGCAGGACCCGGCCUCCCUGGGGCUGCCCAUCACCCCACUCUCCUUCCCUAGCCCGUCUGUGAUGAACUUCAAUGUUCCUCGGGUCAGCCAGAAUGGGUUCCCUCAGCUGUCCGAGCCUGGGGGGCCCCCAGAGCUGCCCCUGUGGAAUCAGUCCUUCCUCUUCCAAGGCCGAGAUGGAGCCACCAGCUUCUCAGAGGACACAGCCCUGGUGCUGGAGUACUAUUCCUCAUCUUCAAUGAAAGGCAGUGAGCCAUGGACCCUCAACAAGCCCCUGGGCAUCUCCGUGUUGCCACUAAAGAGCCGUCUGUACCGCAAGAUCCUCACAGGGAAAGGCCUGAAUGGGCUGCGCGUGGAGAAGCUCCCCAUCACCGACACCAAGCUGAAAACCAUAAACGGUGAGGCCCCCACGGUAGACCUCUCCUUCCAGCUGCUUUCCUCCGAGAGGCCGGAAAACUUCUUGACACCAAACAGCAGCAAGGCUCUGCCCAUCCUGGACCCCAAGAUCUUAGAUGAGAAGCUGGGCACCAUCCGUGAGUCCUGGUCCAAGGCCGCGGUGAGCUCCACGAUUGGCUCCAGCACACCCACCUCUCAGGAAGCAGAGGAAGAGCCUCAGCUGCCCAAGAUGUCCCAUGAAACGGAGAUGAACAACUACCGGCGGGCCAUGCAGAAGAUGGCAGAGGACAUCCUGUCGCUGCGGAAACAGGCCAGCAUCCUGGAGGCAGAGAACCACAUGCUGAGGAGUCAGUUGACCCAGGAGGAGGUGGAAGAGGAGCCGAACAACACGGAGAGGGCCCGGAACCUGGCGUCCAUGAAGCAGAAACUGCUCCUGAGUGAGCUGGAAAUGAAGAAGCUGAGGGACAAGGUGCAGCAUCUGCAGAAUGAGCUGAUUCGCAAGAAUGAUCGAGAAAAGGAGCUGCUCCUCCUGCACCAGGCUCAACAGCCACAGGCGGCGCUUCUGAAGAGGUACCAGGACAAGCUGCAGAAGAUGAAGGCGCUGGAGGAGACCGUACGGCACCAGGAGAAGGUGAUCGAGAAGAUGGAGCGGGUGCUGGAGGACAAGCUGCGGGAUAGGAAUGAGCCCCUGCAGAACAGGCUGCAGGGAAAGCCCAACAUGGCCUUCCCCAUGCUCUCAGCCCCUGGCCUUCCCCCGGCUCCUACGGGAGAGAAUCUGCCUGUUGACCUUUAUUCAAUGCUGCUGGCGGAAAACUCGAGGCUGCGGGCAGAGCUGGACAAGAACCGCCACCAGUCAGCACCCAUCAUUCUGCAGCAGCAGGCCCUGCCGGAUCUCCUUGCCAAUAAUUCAGACAAGUUUAACCUCCUGGCCAAGCUGGAACGCGCUCAGAGCCGGAUUAUUUCCCUGGAAAGCCAGUUAGAGGAAUCAGCUCGGCGCUGGGGACGAGAGAAGCAGGACUUGGCCACACGGCUGCAGGAGCAAGAGUACGGCUUGAGGCACCCCUCAAACACCAUCACCGCAGACCUGCCCAACCCCUCUACCCUCUCUAAGGACCAAAGGCGACCCUCCAAGCUGGACCCCUUGAUGCCCAGCUCAGAGACUAAGCUCAACAGGCUCUCAAAGUCCCAGCAGACUGAGCCCCAGGAGACCUGAGGCCUGGAGCAGGCCUCCCUCUCUGUGUGCUGCGGAGU